AUUGAGCAGCCACUAAAACAGUCCUCCGGCACUUCGAUCCGUUGUCAGGUCGAGUAGCGCGUGCCGACUGAGCACAAGCUGCCUUUCCUCGAUCAGACGAUCAAGAUCGAUCGAACGCUCGCUACCUCGUGUUCCUUCCCGUUUCUGUCUCUCGGUGUGCACGGCUAGAAAGGUUAUCGCGUGCCUGCUCGAUUCCACGCGCGACGCCCUCGAAUCACCGGAAACCAGCGAUCGAUAUCAUCUUCCCGACGAAGUUUCACCGAGUUCUUGAAAACGGCGGUAAAUGCGCGAAAUAGUCCAGCCGUAUCACGAUCGUUUCACGCACAGAAACAAAGAUUUUGGGAUAGACAGUGAGUACUGCGGACGUUGAACAGAUCAAUUAGAAACGAAUUGAAUUCGAUCUAUUCGCAAGAAAAAUGUACGAAGCUUUUCAUGGCUAUUAAACAAGGAAGUAUCGGUCAGAGUUGCUCAUGCACGGGGUUCGCGUGCGCGCCCAAUAAAAUUAGUUGUUGUCUAUGCAAACGAGCUAGCACGGUGGCGAAGUAUCGGGGCAAUUGCUUUGGAGCAGUUUGCCAGUUGGCAAACAAUGUUAUCUGCCUGUUGCUCGCAAUUGCUGCAACGACAACUAAUUAGCGUCGGCUGAUGUAGCGUACUAGGUUAAUCUACAGAAACGGCGAGAUAGUUGAACGUAUCCGUCCGGUUGCCGCGGACCGGAAAAAUCGCAUUUUACUUGACCAUAACGAGUCACUUGGCUCGCAGUAAUUACCGCAUCGCUAACGGUAAUUAUUCUUGCUCUGUCCGCGCGCUAAUUUGCAAGGUGUAAAGUAACGCGUGCCUGGAAUCGUCCGUGUGCUUUUUGGUGACUAAAAUCAUCGGUAACAUCGUAGGUUAAUUUCUUCUUGUCUCCUAUUAUCGCGAUAUCUUUAUCGCCGUUUCUCAAGAAUUAUCGAAGAAGUUAUCGAUUCGGUGAAUGAGGUUUCUUCGAAAGCUGGAUGAGUUGCACACGAAAAGGAAAGAAGGAUAAAUAAGGGGAGGGGCCCUGUGCUUGAUUGGGCACAUCUUUUUCGCGAUGGAAAGCGCAGUGCGAGAUAAAAGGGGAAAAAUGUGUCAUCGAGUUUGAUAGUGUGCUGACGUUGAGAAUGUGAAAAAGCCUUUCGUGUAGACGUAUCGUGCCUUUAUAUCGCUGCUACGUCGCGGACGGGUCGUGCGUUCUUCCGGCGGGAUUUGAACAAAGACGUUGCCGUUAAGCGCGUAUUCGAUUAAACGAAAAAGAAGAAUAAGAAAAAGAAGAAGAAGGAGGAACGGAAGUGGAGUACGCAAACUCCAGUUGGGGAAGCGAACGGAUCGCAAGCAAGUGUCAGUUGAUAAUUUUCGGUGACUAAAGAUUAUUCUUCAGUGAUGCAUCGGCGGAUACGAUAGCGUAGAAAAACGAAAUCGCUCGUACCCUGUCCAAGAUCGGUGGAUCUGCUUGAUCUGUCGUGCCGACGAAGAAACACACCAAGGGAAUUAAUCGAUCGCAAACGAUAACGGGAUCUCGGUGUAUCUUAGGACGUGUAAUCGCGAAGACGUGAUUCGGCGAAACGGGUAACGAGCAACGUAACCAAGUCGAACGGUAAACCUACCCCCUAGAUUGUAUUCCAGUAACGAGCAUCGAUCUCGAAACACGCUCUUCUUUCGUCUUUGCGAUCAACAAAAACUGUUAUAACGUGAUUCUGUGGCAACGUGUGUUCGUGCUGAGACUUCGAGCCGAUUGAUACGUCUAACGGCCGAACAGGAAUUCCUGUCACUGAGAUGUUGACGAGUUGACUGCAGCGAAAUCCACGAUAGUAGACGAUCCAAGAAAAAUUUCGCCUAGAAAAUUAUGAAGUGAUCGACGGACUACGACGCUUCAAUUAACUGACCGGUUGGAAGAUCGUAACGUUUGCUGUUACGAUUCCACUUAAAUCUAUCAUUAUUGCUACGUUCUUCUUAGCGAAGUUGAAGACGUAUCCGGAGAAAAUUGUGACUGCAUUUUUGCGUAAAUGCGAUUAGAACGGGAACUUCUUGAAGAAGAGAAUUUAAUUAUUGUUUAAAUUCAGACUGCGAAGUUUCAAGUGAGCAGCGGCUAUUUCUAUCGUCUAUGCAAUUAAACUGUAUUCUUCCGGACAGCUUAAUUUGAAUGAACACCCGGCCAACAGAAUUUCUUUGAGCUUAAGCUUAUCCCGAGAAAAAGGAUCAAAGGUAUAUUCAACGUUUAAGCAAGUUUCGAACGAGGCUUUAAGAUGGAUCGCCGCUUAAGUUCAGGCUGUGGGAUGGAAAGAAAAUGAGGCCUGCAUAUAUUGACAUACAUUAGGUCCCUUCGACCAGAAUUCAAUUUCUCCAAUGCGUUAAACGUUUAUUAUCAAACGUUGAAAGACACGGACGAAUAUCUCGUGGAUAUUUAAAUUUCUAGAAUUGUUAGAAUAAAUUGUUCGAUAAAAAAGUCUCAAGUUCAACAUUUUGUUAUAUUGGAAUUUCGUGACGAUGAAAUAUAAUUUCGACGAGCCUUUAAAACAGAUUUCGCCGUAGACAGCGUAAGAAGCGACUUUUAUCGGAAUCGUGUCAUUUCUAAAGGAAGAUCGAGAACAAGUUACAAAGUAUAAUCCCACUUUAAAGGAGAUCGAGCCGAAGCAUUGAUUAAAUUUGAACGAUACUAGCAGUAUAUACCUUGUCAAGUACUGUGAAUAUUAAACAUUCGCUGGAUACUACGUUUAUACAGCAAAGCGUGCUGCUGAGGAAGGGCUCUGAUUAAACACUCGAGGGGAUUGUCGACCGAAUGCCGAGCAUCACACACGAGGUCGACAGAAGCUACGAGAAACGCGGAAAUACGUUGCCGAUUUUCGAAAGGACAAUUGGCCUGAUCGAACGGAACGCUGUCUAAUUAAACACCACUCGCAAGAACACGAUUUGCCUCUCUUACGACGUUCGACAUUACGAUUCAAUCAUAUUCGAAAUCAAUCAUCGUAGUUACACGUCGUGAGUGUACUGCACUAGAUUGCUGAGUGGAUCGCGCAUAAAACAUACGCGCGAAGAGUCAAUAAAAUAAACAAUCUGCGUGUUCUUUGAUACAUAUUUGAAGGAAUCAACAAAGAGGGCAAACGAGAAAGAUUUACUUUGGCCGUCUGUUAAUCCGCAGAAGAUCUUUUCGAACUUUCCGAACUGGUUGCCGUCGAAUCUAAGUGUUCGAUAACGCAAUUGAAAGAUCCUGAGUGCAUACACACGUGCCGAGCGUAUCGAGGAUCACGUAUUUACACGCGUGUUCGAUUCGAGGCUUUGGGGACGUGGUACCGUUUGAUUCUUCGUGUUAGACUCUAUCGAUAUCGGCCACCUUCCGGUCGUUCCACGGUCCACGUUCCUCGACGUACACGGACCGGGAAUUUCGCGAUUCCCACGAGCUGCUUCACACCGCAACAUCCAUUCGAUUUUCCUUGGAAUUGCCUCGUGUGCGACUCGCCCUGAGAUGCUGAAGAUACGCAUGUUGGAUUACAUCGGGGACACUGGGAGACAACAGCUUGAACAAUCGGUGUAUUGUGAGGCUGAAUCCCGGCGUACCGCUGUCGAAGAUGAAAGACAAGAUAUUCAAGGUGCCAACCAGGAAAAGAUAAAGGGUACUACGCAAGAUUUAUUCGAACUGCUGGAAAGAGUGCAGUGUUCGCGUCUUGAUGAUCAACGAUGCGUUUUGCCACCGUACUUCUCUCAGACCCCGAGGGAGGACAGGGCAGCGUCGAGUCCUGGUAAUCAGAAUAAUCACACACCCACGCCAUCCCCGUCACCAGUUGGCGAUGCACCCGCUGGCAGGGCUCUUAUGGAGGCUGCGCUUCAGCAAGCCACUUCCGGAACUCAGCCACCUCUUGUGGUGACACCGCCUGGAUACUGGGUCGACGGUACCGAUCAUCGACACGCCCUGGACUCAGCUGGCAGGGCGUUACUUCCGGCGCAGCCUGCAUGGCAACCCAGGAUAGACCAAGAUGAUACAGCCAAAUGCUAUAGGCGAUUCUUCGUUGGAAGGGAGCACGUGAAUCUGGUGGGAAGGGACGGAGAGAACGGGCCGGUCCUCGUCUCGGUGAAGGCCGAGACGGUUGCUGGACAGGAGCAUUGGAGGGUCUUGUUGCGAUUGCGAGCGGGUUCGACUCACGAAUUGGUACCAGCCGCGAAUCUCGGCCCGAAUCCAUCACCUGCGAAAAUGGUCAAGGCGAUCAACGAAUCCCUGAACGUGAGUACGCUGAUGCCGGUUGUCUGUUCCGGUGCUGGUACACUGAUAGCACGGUAUGACGAACAUGCCUUGGUAUCGAGGUUUAAAUUCGGUGUUCUUCACCAACGUGCCGGCCAAGUUACCGAAGAACAACUCUUUGGAAAUAGACAAAUUACACCAGCUUUCCAAGAGUUUCUUGACUUAUUGGGUCAGAAAAUCGACUUGAAAGAUCAUAAAGGAUACCGCGGAGGUUUGGAUACUCGACAUGGACAGACCGGAGAUUCCGCGGUAUACGAAGUAUUUCGAGGUCGAGAAGUGCUGUUUCAUGUGGCUUCUCUGUUGCCAUACAGUCCAGGAGACUCUCAGCAAUUGCAGCGUAAAAGACACAUCGGCAAUGACAUCGUCGCGAUAAUAUUCCAAGAGGAGCCAACCCCUUUCAGUCCAGAUAUGAUCGCCAGUCACUUCUUACAUGCAUUCAUCGUGGUACAAGUCGUCGACCCCUGCACUCCUAAUACAAGGUACAAGGUCAGUAUAACGGCACGAAACGAUGUUCCCUGGUUUGGUCCAGCUUUGCCAACACCAGCUGUAUUUUUGCGGGGAGUCGAUUUUAAGGAAUUCCUUUUGACGAAAUUAGUGAACGCUGAGAAUGCGGCGUAUAAAGCUGAGAAGUUUUCAAAACUUGAGCUAAGAACAAGGUCAGCUCUGUUAGAAUCUUUAACGGAAGAAUUACAAGCAAAGACUGCAGAAUUUCUCGGUGGAGCGAUCGGCUUAGGAGCUGCCGGUAUGGGGUUUGGAGGAAAUUGCCCAGUAAGCCCAACAGCAAGUGAUGCAUCAGGAUCUGGUAGCGGUGGAAGUGGUUCUAGAUUUAUCGAUACCGUUCGAAAGGCGCUGAUAUCGCGUGUUAGAAAUGCCUCGACGGAGAGCGUACCACAACAAUUAUCAAAAAAGGGCCAGUCAGAGCCCAGUCCACCGAGCAAUCGACAAUCGACCACGAAAAUUAGUAGCAAACGUUCGGUAGAACCUUCGAGUCCCUUAGGUUCUCCGGAUUUAACACUUCGAAGAGAUUCAGAACGUGGAAGCCCUAGCUUAGGAAGUCAGGACAGUAGUUUAUCCAAUACAGACAAUCAAGAUAGUAGUUUGGCCACCUUACAACAAGAUGAAGUUGAUCGUAGAGAAUCUACUACUUCAAUUUGUGCUAGCAAUGACACGACGUUGGUGGACAAAACUUCUGUAUCAUCUGUUCAAAGACUGACUCACGAAAAUUUACGAAAACAAGAGCGAUGCGAGAAAACAGAAACAACACAGCGUGUUAUUUCGGAAAGUGACGAUAGCUCAUUAAAUAGCGAGCUGGAGCUAGACCAAGCUGUAUAUCCCGACAGCGAUACAGGCCUCGAAUCAAUGAGUUCAGCUGAAACUCAUGAUACAGCAAGAUGUACUACUAAGGAUGGCGUUCUAGAAAAUGAAAAUUUACGAAUGGAAGUCACUAGGCUUAAAUGCGAUAAGUUAGAUUUACUGAGGCAAAAUGUGACUUGCCAACGUGAUAUAAAACGUCUACGAGAAAAGGAACUUCAGUUACAAUCCGACCUUGCAGCCGCUUCAAAAGAAAUUCUUCGAUUGCGAGCAAUGUUGAAAGAAUGUUCGACGAGUAUUCCAUUGGAUAACAAUAAUCAGCAAACAUCUACCGUUUAAAGAUCUCUUUGAGAUACGUUUAAUACGCCUUUGUUGGCGAAUAAAACUUCCCGUUGCAAUUAUUAGAUUUUAAUAAUUAGUUAGGUGCAGUAGUUGAAAACUCUAUACAUCGUACUUUUUCGGAAUUGCUUCUUCUAAAGAAAUUUUUCCGAAGUAGUUUACAAAGAGUUUGAAACUCGCAAUUGAGAAAUGCUUUAUGUUAUGUUGUAACAUUGUGGUUGAACUUCUUUAGGUAGAAAUUGAUACAAACGCUGUAUAUUACAAAAGGACGGGUCAGUGAAGAAUAUUUAGAGGAAAUGUUUUGCGAUAUAAAUAUAGUGAUGCGUCUUUCGAAAUAUUAGCAAUGUAGACGCUAAUUGUUACUUGUAGAAAUAUUUGUUUGACUUUUAACAAUAUUAUUUAUCUAUUAAUUUAUUAGUAGGUGUAAGUUAAUCUCUAAUAGUCAAUAUAGAUACAAAUAAAUGAUCACACAAGCACACGCAACACAUAAAUAUCAAUAGGAAUGUUUAAAAAAGUAGGUACAUCUUGUCAUUAUAUAAUAGAUUAGAAUAAAAAGUAAAAUGGCCUUUAGACUUAGUUUCCGAAUCAAGAGUAAAUAUACAGAAAUUAAUAUAACAUAUUUUAUCUGUAAUAAUUAAAUGUGCAUAAAUCGAGAUCGAUAUAUAUAAUAUAUAUGAUAUAUGAUAUAUAUAUAUGAUAUAUAUACAUAUAUAACAUAUAUAUAUAUAUGUAUAUAUAAAGCAUCAAUUACAGUUCUCGUACCGUCUUCAAAUGAGACAACUACGCAUUGUCCCAUAAUACGAUCUAAAGUGACUGGUAUAAGUGUCCACACGCUUAUGGGCUAUAGAAAUAUGUGUUUUUUCGAUAUAUUUCUGACGUCUCACAUUGAAACAAGGAUAUGUAUCGCUAGUUACAGUAUUCGUCGCGGUGAAUUUACCGAAACCAUUACUAGUUUUUUAGUAUUAGUUCAAAACAACUUUAGGAAACAUGAGAACACCUCGUUAGUUAAUCUUACGGCAUCAUUAGCCGGCUUAGAAUAAGAUUAGGUUUUCUAGCCGUUUUAACGGUUAUAAUGAUUUAAAUGCACCAAAUUGUUUAAUAACACAUGAUGUAUCGAUGUGUCAGUAACAUGCGAGUAAGACACGUAUUAUCAUUCAUUGUUAUAAUACGCAAAGUAAACUAAGUGUAUUUAAUUUGCUUAGUUAUGCACCCUUUUCUUCAUUAUCUUUCACCAAUGGUAUUAGUAUGAUUUAUUAUUAUUAUUAUUAUUAUGAUCAUUGCAACUACUAUAUUAUUAUUACAUUUUUAUUAUUAUUAUUACUAUUAUAAUUACUAUUAAUCUCGUUUUACUUUAUAGCAUUCUUUCUUCUUUUGUAAAUAAUUGACUAACUUUCUACACAGAAAGAUCGAGGGUGUUGUGAAAGAAAGGACAGAGGGACAUGAAAGUUCACUCAUAUAUAAUACCAAAGUUUAUCAUAGUAAAAUCUACUUCUCUUAGUUUUCUACAUUCCUUUUCAUACGAUAUUUGCCUCUAAAACCUGCGUAUAAAAAUAGCAUAUACUUUCCUCAAGCAAACGUUUUUUCUACAAGUACAAGUUUUCUUCUGAAUUUCAAUAAAUCUUUGUAUGUCUUUACAAAUACUUUGCAGACAUAUUACGAUUAUCACUGCCUGUAUAAUGUCGUUUUGGAGUGUAUCACAUUUUUCCAUUUUAAACGAAAUUUCUGGUUUGCAAUUUACGCGAUACGAUACAAUUUUUUCAAUUACUUGCAUUGCUUAUCUCGGAAAACUUCUAUCCACGAAAAUCUCUAUCCUAUAUGUAAGAGAAUCGUGUUAUAUAAAUGAAAAUUUCUCAUCGAAAAAUCGUCACUAUAAAGAGCAAACUACGUCUCCAAACAUAUUUUAUGAUGAUUUACGUUCGAAUUUACUUCAAAUGAUGAUCUUUGUAAUGCCGGCUGAGAUCUUCAGGAAAAUGAAGCUUCCAAAAGAUACACAAGAAAUAGCAAUCGCUGCGAACACUUUCCAGUAGUACUAUUUUUAACUGUCGUAAAGAUGAGCGCACACGGUAUAUUUUAUACGGUUUACGAUCAAUGUAUUUUUACAAAGUUCUUUUAGAAUGAGCGCGAAGUAGGUCAGCCGAAUAUUUGGUUUCGUGAAAUUUAUAGAACAAAAUAUUCAAAACAUCUCAAAUAUCAGAAACUGUGCAUUGCAAUUAUUUUGAAUCUUAGAAUGUCUCUUUACAAACCACAAACAUUCAAUAAUUUGAAGAAAGCACGCACAUACAUACACAUAUACAUACAAUGAAUAAAUUUGAAGCUACAGAACAUAAAGGCGAUUUUAAUAGAAUGUAUUUCACUGUCAAAGAUCAGUGCAGGUACUCAAAAACUUUUAUUACUGCGUAUUAAAUUUGAUAUUUACGUAUGAAGAGCUCGGAAUUAAUCGAGAUUACUUUUACAAAUGUAUGUACAUAACGUGAAUUGCGUUUAAAUAAUGGGUCAUCUAAUGAGAGCGUCUCUUUGUCUAAAAUUUAGGAAAAAAACUGUGUUUACCAUUCUCUAGUGUGAUUUCUAUGCUGGCCUUGCAAAAUCAAAGAAAGAUUAUCUAUAUUACAAAGAGAUAUGUGUUAUUAUAUUACGAGAGAGAGUGUGAGUGCGAACGAGAGAGAGAGAUAAAAUAUUACUGCUAUAAAUAUAUAUUUUGUAUUUAAUAUUAAUCGCCCAAAUCUAUCUAACAAAACUGCGAAUACUAUUAUUCUUUGACACUAUGACACGAAAGUAUAUAUUUCUUAUGACUGGUGUAAGUAUUCGCAUAAUAUUUUUUUCUUUUCUAUGCACAACUGUCAACUUGAAAAUCAGUGGUAAUGAUGUUCGCCAAUAAAUAAAAUAAUUUAAACCAA